CUAUUACCGCCGCUGUGUGAUAGUGUUAUACUAAAAAAUAACUAAGUAUAAUAAUAUUCUUUUAGAAAUGAGUUCGUUUGACGACUCAGACUAUGAGUGCAGUUACGAAAUGUGCAGGCGGGGGUCUGAUUCAACCGCCUUGCCUUUCGACCCUACAUCACUAGAAAACGUGAUUUUGACUAUCAGCGAUUGUUUCGACUUUCGCGUAAUAAUGAGCGAUGAUCGAGUCAAGGGUGCAGUUCUAGUGACCACUGGGUUGGCUUUAGCAGGCGGUUUGAUUGGACGCCACUAUGGCGGGAAAGUUGGUGCCGCAGUGGGUGGCGCCAUUGGCGGUGCUUGCGGGCUCGGAUUUGUCGCUAUAUCGAUGCGUGACGUAUGGGAAGAUAUAAAAUCAAAGCUUUCAGAAUUAUUUGAAAUAGUAUACGACUAUCUAGCUGGCAUGGGACUAAACGAUUAUAAACAAGCGGCCAUGUUUCUCGCUCAGCAUAGCACCGAUACCACUACACUGGCUCAAGUUAUUCUGCAAACUGCUUCUGGAUUGAUUGGGAAGAAAAUCCUCUCCAGUAUAUCGAAUGCCUAAAUCGCUGAAUGAUUUAUAAUUUGACUACUACUGUUAAAUUAAAUGACUGAAAUGACUACUGUUAAAUUACUAUAUAAAAACCAGAGGCAGGCCUUAGUGUAUUUUUGUGUGUUAUAUAAUAUUUAGUUGAUAAGAAUAUUAUUGAUAAUGUUAUGAUGUAAGUUAAAUGAAAUAUGAAAGAUUAUGAUUAAGUUAUAUGAAAGAUAAUAAAAUGACUUGUGCCAAAAGAAUAUUGUAAAUGAUCGAGAUUAUAAAUUUAUGACAUUUUUUCAGUUUUUAAUAAAGAUAUUCCUAAUAUUCGCAUAAGUAUUUUAAUUAAUAUUAAAACUUUUCUUCUCGAAAAUUAUCUAAUAGGUUGGGAGAAAAUUUUCUUCGCAUUUUAUAUAAAAAUUUAACCAAAGUUUAUAGGUAUCAUUUUGUUUGAUAACUUUUUGCCAUCUUGUAGGUAGGGACAUGAUCCAAUUAUAGUAGAAAUUUUGGAGCUUAUAAAAAAACCGCGAUAAGGGAUUUGGCAGUUCUCGCGUGAUGAUAAACUGACACUGUCUUAAGAAUUCUGAAGAGAUCGAAACAGUUGGAAAUCAGAAGGGU